AUUUAAACUCAUAACUAACUGCAAUAUGGAGUCAUCAAACGCUAGCGAAGCAAGUAGUUUCAUGGGGUUUAAUGACCUCAUGAAGUCUCUCUGCAUCGAAUCUAAGACUGAAUUUUCGGUUCCAUGAGAUUAUGACAUGAAUCAAGAAAAUAGCGCAAUUUCUCAAACCAAUGAUUUCUCCUCUCAAAAUGAAGAUACUAUGGAAUUCUCAAAUAUUUUCAAUAAGAAUGACGCUCAUUCAUACAUCGGUCAUAUUGACAGGGAAGAUGAAGAUGAAAUUGAAGAAAUAGAAGAGGUCGAAAUAGAGCCUAAUAAAGAGAAUCAUGAUCCUAAUACUCAACAAAACAAAGUGAGGAAGUAUGUAUACAUUGGGCCAAAUUGAGGAUCUUUCUGAAAAAUCAGGGAUUAUACUUCAUCAAACUUAUUAGACAUCUCAUUAAACUCCUUACCGAAACGGAGUAUUAGAAAGAAUGCAAACCCGUUUAUCAUGAAGGAAGAACCAGAGAAGGUAUCUGUCAAGAGGCCAUCUCUAUCACAACCUACUUUUGAGAUGGAUUCCCCUUCUACAAAUAGCUUUGUACCCUUUAAUUCACUAUUCCCCAUCACAAAAGAAGAGAGUAAAGAGGCACCUGAUGUAAAGGAAGAGCCAGAUUUUGAAGUUCUCAGUGACGAAUUACUAAACCAAAUGGCUGAAAAUUACGGGCUUAAGCAGAUGAAAGAAAAGAAAGGAGGAUCUAAAUCUGGGAGCAAAUACUCUAGCACCUCUAGGGCUCGGAUGAUCGCCCUCUUAACAAAAGUAUGGAAGUAUGAAGCCUACAAUAUAUUCGAUAUUGAUGAUUUUUAG